AUGCUGCGACGCAGCCUUCCAAAACCUGAUGACAAGCCGGCAAUGCGACAGUCGUUCAGGAACGAUGUGAGGGGUGUGAAGGGAAGCCAAUUCCCUUCCUCGGGCCCGUGCCAAGCAUGGGAUCACAGGUCAGACCACCCUAACCAGUGGUAUCUUCACUCUGGAUCGGUCUUAAAUCUGGCGUGGUGUUGCUGGCUCCAAGACGACCCAGGUAGGGAGUUCUAG